AUGGACUCGCCCCCGCACCGCCCUCCGUCGCCGGACGACCCCUUUCUCGAAUUCUCCUCGCCUCCGCCGUCGCAACUCCUCCCGCUCCCUCCCGGCAUCUACACGCUCCUCCCACUCGUUGACGCGGCAGACAACGUUGCGCUCCCUGUCCAAGGACCGUGGGACGGAAUCAGCUGCAAGAAGAGGUGGGAGGAGUGGGUUGCCAAGGCGUCUGUCGCGAGUCGCUUCAUGCCCGAGGAGCAAGAGGCGCAGGAUUCGGCACUCGCAGACGACGACGACGAAGACGAGGCACCGACGACGGAGCCCGUCGCAGGACGGCGCAAGCCUACGAAGCAAGAACUCGACGCCGAGUUUCUGGCGCCUUUCUUCGUCUCUCUCCCGCCUGCUCCGCCCGGCACGCCCGCACGCCGUCGCUCUUCGGGCGCCGCAUCAGCGACUCGUCCUUCCUUCUCCCGCCUGACCCCGCUCGACUCAUCCUCCUCUCGUCCUUCGACGCCCGCCGCUUUCGUACAUGCGACGCCCCAAACGACCAGCUCCGUCCUCUCCUCCCAGCCCAUCGGCUUCCUUCGCCCCUCGAUCGUCCGCGCCUUGAUCGACGACAACCUUUCCCUCCUCCGCAUGAACUGCAAGCCAGUCUGGGCGUUCCAGCCACCGAUCCACUACCCCGCGGACCAAAUCGAGCCUCCUCGUACUCCGCGUCGUCGCUCGAGCGUGCGGCGUGACAGUACCAGCGCGAACGGGAGUCGUCGACCAAGCAUGCAGGAGGAAUUCGCAGGCGAGGGAGGCGUCAAGUUGCAGGAGGUUUUGGACGGAUUGAGGAGGGUCGAGCUGGGUGGACGCGGGGGCACGGGCCCGUGGGCCGUUGCGUUCGAGGAAUGGGUCAACGAGGAGGGCGCCGAGGUCAGGAAGGAGCAUAUCGAUCGCGUCGUGAGGGGGUGGAAGGCGAAGGGCAUGUUCGAGGAGUGUCUCGGCGGCUGGCGCGACGAGGAGUACACGAUCUACGCCCCCUCUCCUCCCGUUCCCUCCAAGUUCCCCUCCUCUUCCGACGAUGACGACUCCGAGCCUCUGUCGAACCCGCUGCCCGGCUCGAACGAGGCGUUCAGGAUGGAGCGCUGCGCUUGCUCUUUGUUUGGCGUGCCGACCUUCGGGGUGCACUUGACUGCCUACGUCGGCGGUGAUGGCAAGCCCUUGCGUUUCUGGAUCCCCCGUCGCGCAGCAACCAAGCCGACUUGGCCGUCGUACCUCGACAACACCGUCGCAGGUGGCAUCACAGCGGGCGACAUGCCCCGUCACUCGAUUAUCCGCGAAUGCUGGGAAGAAGCGUCCCUCGACCCUGCAUGGGUCGCGCCUCGCCUCCGCCAAGCCGGCGUCGUCACGUACCACUACCGCACGGACUGGGGCUGGCUCCAGCCUGAGGUGCAAUACGUCUACGACCUCGAGCUGCCGGACCCGGACAACCUCGCCGACGGCGAACACAAGGUCAUCCCGACGACGAACCCGGCUGACGGCGAGGUGGAGAGCUUCGAGCUCCUCUCACUCGAGGAGGUCGUCCAGCGCAUGGUCGCGGGCGAGUUCAAGCCCAACUGCGCGCUCGUCCUCCUCGAUUUCUUCAUGCGCCACGGCCUGCUCACUCCCGAGUCGGACACGCGCUUCCUCGAGAUUGCCGCGCGCCUGCGCAAGCCCCUCGGCCUGCCCGGUCCCGCAUAG